AUGAUAGAACAAGUUCCGAAAUAUGCAAAAUUUCUCAAGGAUGUAUGUUUGCACAAGAAGAAAUUAAAGGGGAAUGAACUAGUUAGCAUGGGAAAAAAUGUUUCAGCCCUUAUUCAACCCAUUCCUCAGAAGUGUGAUGAUCCAAGAGUUUUUACCGUGCCAUGUACUAUUGGAAAUUAUGUGUUUGAGGACGCUAUGCUGGAUUUAGGAGCUUCUAUUAAUGUAAUGCCGAAAUCAGUUUUUCAAUCAUUGGGAAUUGGUCCUCUACAGCCUACGAGAGUUGUUAUUCAGUUGGCCAACCGUAGUCAGGCUCAUCCAACUGGAGUGAUUGAGAAUGUUUUGGUUAAAGUGAGUGACCUUAUAUUUCCAACUGAUUUUUACAUUUUGGAUAUGGAAGGUGAUCUAUUAAUGAAUAGAGCUCCAAUCAUUUUGGGAAGACCGUUCCUUAAGACUGCAAGAACUAAGAUUGAUGUACAUGCGGGAACUCUAUCUAUGGAGAUUGCCUAUAUAGUUGUUCAAUUCAGUAUUUUUGAUACGAUGCAACAAAAGAAGAGUCAUUCUAUUUUUAGUGUUUAUAAACCCGAAUGGCUGGAUACUAUUGAUUUUCUUAUUGAUGAGGAUUUUGAUGAAGUUAUCUCAGACUCUAAUGAAUUGGGAUAUAAAUCUAAACAUUCUGGAGGUUGUAUUGAUAACAGAGAAAUAGUUGAGGUAAGACCUAAUUGUGGUCAAACUUCAGUGGAUGAAGAUAUAAGUGUAGAGGAUUGCAUGGAAGCAUUACCCCAAGAAUUACCAAGAAUUGAAUCUAUAAGUGUAGGGGAUUGCAUGGAUGCAUUACCUCAAGAAUCACUACCAUUCGUUGAACAUUCAUCAGAACUUGAUAAGAAAUCACAGGAAAUUUCAAAGGACAUUUUAAAGGAAGUUGUGAAGCCAGUGAGACAACCAAAGGAACUGACUAACCCAUUGAAUUCUUUUUGUGUUAGCAAUAUUUUUUCUAAUGGUGUUAUAGAGAUGCAGGAGGUGUCUACUGGUCAACCUUUCAAAGUGUAUAGCAACCAACUUAAGAAAUUUCUUCGAGGGAGGAAAUGA